UCCUUCUACCCGAUGGUUUUUCCCCUCUAUCAGUUAAAAGGAUUUUUACGUAACAUUCUCGUGUUCAAUUAAUUUUCAUAUCAAACUUUAGUCCUCCCUCAACAAUUAUUGCACAGAGCACUGAUUAGACUCUUUUUGUCGUUUGACACUGAUUAGUACACAAAUACAUAUCUAUUUAUGCUCUCCAAUUCAAGUUCCACAUCCAUAACUCACAUCAAAGAUUUAAUUUUCUUGUUUUUUUUCUUCCUUGUAAAUUCUAAUUAAAACAAUAUUACAUUCAUGGGUACAGUCAAAACCAACCCAGAACAUGAAUUUGAUGGUCAAUUGUCCAUCAACACAAGUGGUAGUACACUUCUAGACCCUGAGGAGUUUAGAAGGCAAGGUCAUAUGAUGGUUGAUUUCCUAGCUGACUACUUUCAAAAUAUCGAAAAGUAUCCUGUUCGUAGUCAAGUUGAACCUGGUUAUCUUAAAAAAAUAUUACCAGAUUCCGCACCAAAUCAACCUGAAUCAAUAGAAAAAAUACUUGAAGAUGUCGAAAGGGAUAUUUUUCCAGGGUUGACACAUUGGCAAAGUCCAAAUUUCUUUGCUUACUUCCCUUGUAUUUCAAGUACUGCUGGGAUUCUAGGUGAAAUGUUAAGUGCUGGUUUAAAUGUAGUUGGCUUUAGUUGGAUAGCAUCACCAGCUGCUACUGAGCUAGAGAGCAUUGUGAUGGAUUGGCUUGGGAAAUUAAUAUGUCUUCCCAAGACAUACCUUUUUUCUGGUGGUGGAGGAGGUGUUAUACAAAGUACAACUUGUGAAGUUAUGUUGUGCACUAUUGUUGCUGCAAGAGAUCAAAUGUUGGAUAAGGUUGGAAGAGAGAAUAUUGACAAGCUAGUAGUGUAUGCAUCUGAUCAAACCCAUUUUUCUUUUCAAAAAAGUGUUAAGAUUUCUGGGAUUAGACUUGAAAAUUUUAGAGUUAUUCCAACAACAAAGGCUACUGAGUAUGCUUUAUGUCCAGAAUUACUAAGCGCAACAAUUCAACAAGAUAUAAAAGUUGGAUUAUUACCCUUAUUUUUGUGUGCAACUGUUGGAACUACUUCAACAACUGCUGUUGAUCCAUUGAAGCCACUUUGUGAAAUUGCUAAAGAAUAUGGAAUUUGGGUACAUAUCGAUGCAGCCUACGCAGGAAGUGCAUGCAUUUGCCCAGAAUUUCAACAUUUUCUGGAUGGUGUUGAAAUUGCAAACUCAUUUAGCCUCAAUGCACACAAAUGGUUGUUCUCCACCUUGGAUUCUUGUUGCCUUUGGGUGAAAGAUCGAAAUUCACUUACAAAAGCUUUGUCAACAACUCCUGAAUGCUUGAGAAACGAAGCCACCGACUCCAAAGAAGUGAUUGAUUACAAAGAUUGGCAAAUUUCUCUAAGUCGAAGGUUCAGAGCAUUGAAGUUAUGGCUUGUAUUACGAAGUUAUGGUGUAGUCAAUCUCAGAAAUUUCAUAAGAAGCCAUGUCAAAAUGGCUAAGCAUUUUGAAGAACUUGUAGCUAUGGAUGAAAGGUUUGAAAUUGUGGCUCCUAGAAAUUUCUCUAUGGUGUGUUUUAGGGUUUCACCAUUGGCAUUGCAAAAAAAUCUUAAAUUUGUUGAUGAAGACCAAGUGAACAAGUUUAAUGCUCACCUUCUAGAGUCUAUUAAUUCAUGUGGUAAAAUACACAUGACUCAUGCAGUGGUUGGAGGAGUUUAUAUGAUACGUAUCGCCAUUGGUGCACCUCUCACAGACUAUUUCCAUAUCAAUAUGGCUUGGGAUGUGAUUCGAAACCAUGCAAAUGUCAUGUUAAAAGUUUAAGUUAUGUUACAUCGAUAGAGUAAAAAGAAUUUUUAUACUAUCAAUUGAUAGUGUGAAAAUUUGUUUACACUAUUAAUAUAAUUUAAUUUUUUUUAUUGAGUGCUGUUAUUUUCAUCAGGUGUUCUUGUUGAUGAAAUGAUUUUGUUUUCAUGUAAUAGCUUUAUCACAUUUGUUAUUAGAGUACUAAUUUGUACUAUGUCGGUAUUGCUUUGUAAGCUUAAUAAGACAACUUUAACGUUUGAUUUUUAUAUUUAA